AUGGAUGCUGCAAAACCAGUUGCUACUCCCUUGGCUGUGAACACUAAAAUCAGCAGAUUGAGUACACAAAGAUUUGAGGAUCCAACUCUUUAUCGAAGUGUCUGUGGAGCAUUGCAGUAUCUACAUCUCACUCGUCCUGAUAUUGCUGUCGCAGUAAACAAAGUGUGCCAGUUCAUGCAAGACCCUUACAUCGAGCAUUGUGAGCUAAUCAAACGCAUACUCAGGUAUCUCAAACACACAGUUCAACAUGGUUUGGAUUUGCGAAAAUUUUCAGAUAUCAGUCUUCAUGCCUACUCUGACUCUGAUUGGGCUGGGAGUCUCGAUGAUCGCAGAUCCACUAGUGGAUACUUCAUCUAUUUUGGCAACAAUCUUGUAUCUUGGACCGCAAGGAAACAGAAAACUGUUUCCAAGUCGAGCACUGAAGCAGAAUAUAGAGGUAUAACCAUAACAACUUCUGAACUAAUCUGGCUUCAAUCUUUGCUAAAAGAACUUGGUGUUGAAGUAAGAGCUCCGUCAAUCUGGUUUAUCUCUUUUGAUUACAUUAAGUCUUUGGUACCUCCUGGAAUGGAUGAAGAGAUUAUACUGCAAACGAGCGGAAAGAAGAAGCACAAGAGAAUCAAGGAGAAAGAGGCUUUGACCUCUUCAGAAGUACCUUCAGAGGAGAAAAAGAAGCACAAGAAAAGCAAGGAAAAAGAGAUUUUAAGUUCUUCACAGGUAUCUACAGAUAUGGGAGGUGAGCAAAAAGUUAAGGGGUCUGAGAAGAAAGAAGAUGUUCCUGAUAAUGGGAAAGAAAAAAGUGGUAAACGCAAAAAUAAGAAAGACAAGGAAAUGGUUACGGAGUGCAGUGAUGUAGACUGUGCAACUGAUCAAGUGGCUUCUAAAGGGAAGGAUCACAUUGGUGUGACUGGCGAGGAAAAUAAUGAGCAUUUGAAGACGGGGAAGGGUAAGAUGAAUGAAAAUGGAGGUGAUUCCGGAGAAAGCUACAUUGAAAAGUCUGGUGGUGCCGCUCAAUCUGGUUCUCGUUCUUCUAAGAAGAGGAACAGAGAGGAGGAAGUCCUAGAUGUAGCUAUAGGAGAGGGGAAGGAGGAGAAGAAGAAAAGGGCCAGAAGAGUGAAAUUUGCUAUUCAUCGGCAGGAAAACCUAAGAAAGAAUUUGGUUCAAGGUAAGAGGUUCACGGGGCAAGAAGAUCAAAUAAUCAAAGAUGCUGUUCACAACUAUAUAGAGAGGUAUUUGAAACUUUCAGGGGAUGCCUUACCGUAUAGGCCUUACGAAGCAGUAUAUCAGAGAGGACAUACUUUGUUUGAGAGGGGCGACUCAUUUAGAUGGACUGAGGAUGAGAAAGCAUUCGUCUUAAAGUUUUAUGAAAAGCAUGGUCCAGAUUGGAAAGGCUUGGGCCUAGCCCUCGGAAAACAUCGACAUCAUGUGAGAGAUGCAUGGCGUCGGACAUUUCGUGCGGAUCUUAAAACAGGGAACUGGGAUCAGUCGGAGUAUCAGUCUUUGUUCAAUUUAGUGAACAAAGAUUUGAGAAUGCGUAUGUAUGAGGAAAGGACAUCGAAGCAUGGCAUGAUACGUGACAAUAUCAGUUGGCAAGCGAUUAGUAACCGUUUGGCUACUCGAACAGAAAUGAGUUGCUGUAUAAAAUGGUAUGACCAAUUAUCAUCAUCUAUGGUAAAAGAAGGUAAAUGGUCCGACACAGACGAUUAUCGAUUGCUGGAUGAACUUUUUAGGCUGGAUGCUUGCUGCAUUGAAGAUGUUGACUGGGAUAAUCUUCUUGGGCAUAGGCCUGGAGAUAUUACUCUGAAACGUUGGAGACAGAUGGUAAAUCACAUUGGUAUCCAUGGACUGCAAUCCUUCGCAGGACAAGUAGAAGUGCUCGCCAAACGCUAUUGCCCUGAGCUACUUGAAGUUAGAGAAGUUCUUGACAGUAGACCUGAGGUUGACUGAUGUGUGGAUCACUGGAUGUGGCCUGUGGGAGUUGCGGGCUCAACAGAAGGAUGGCAGGAAGGUCAAGCCCAGAACAAAAUUGCUUGUAAAUGUUUUUUGGUUCUCUUAGUUCCAAUCUCUGGAAGUAGUAGUCUUGUACUUGAGGCACCUCACUCCCUGCACUUGCAUGUAUGUAAUUUAUCAAUUACUGAUCAAAAGAACCUUCAAAAUCCAAAACAUCAAUC